AACCCCCAGCAUCCAGCAGCCAUCCAUCCGUGCCUGGGAAGCAGCAGCAAGUCCUGCCCGGGCGCGCAGCACCGACCCACGGCGGAGGAGGGAGACGAGCAGGAGAGGGGAGGGGACGCAUCCUCAGCAUCCGAGUGAUGCCACAGCGCCCACUGCAUUUGGAGCAGCAGCCCUGAGAGUUCAUCUGUCUAAAGUGGCUUCUGCUUCCGGAGAGGACGCCUUUCCAGCCUCGACGACCGCAGCAAACUGCCCAUGAAGAUGUCCAACGCUGACAUCGUCCUGAACGCCGCCGAUCGGGUGGUCAAAUCUGUCCCCUUCCCCUUAAGCCACCGUCUGACCAUGAAGGAAGUGUUCGACUGCGAAGCGAAGCCUCGAGUGGAUCUCCUAAAGGCCCACCUCACCAAAGAAGGUCGCGUGGAGGAAGCCGUGGCGUUAAGAAUCAUCAACGAAGGGGCGGCGAUCCUUCGCCAGGAGAAAACUAUACUGGACAUCGAGGCGCCAGUCACAGUAUGCGGGGACAUCCACGGGCAGUUCUUUGACCUGAUGAAGCUUUUCGAAGUGGGAGGAUCACCAGCCACAACACGCUACCUGUUCCUGGGGGACUAUGUGGACCGUGGCUACUUCAGUAUUGAGUGUGUUUUAUAUCUUUGGUCGCUGAAAAUCCUCUAUCCAAAGACACUAUUUUUACUGCGUGGAAAUCAUGAAUGUAGACAUUUGACAGAAUAUUUCACCUUCAAACAAGAAUGUAAAAUCAAAUAUUCGGAGCAGGUUUACGACUCGUGUAUGGAUGCGUUUGACUGCCUUCCUCUGGCUGCGCUCAUGAACCAGCAGUUUCUGUGUGUCCACGGCGGACUCUCACCCGAAAUACACACCUUAGACGAUAUUAAAAAGUUGGAUCGGUUUAAGGAGCCGCCGGCUUUCGGGCCCAUGUGCGACCUGCUUUGGUCGGAUCCUCUGGAGGACUUUGGCAAUGAGAAAACCCAGGAAUAUUUCGGCCACAACACAGUGCGAGGUUGCUCCUACUUUUACAGUUAUCCAGCUGUGUGUGAGUUCCUACAGAGCAAUAAUCUAUUAUCAAUAAUCCGAGCGCAUGAGGCACAAGAUGCAGGUUACCGGAUGUAUCGCAAAAGUCAGACCACAGGAUUCCCUUCCCUCAUUACCAUCUUCUCUGCACCAAACUACUUGGAUGUUUACAACAACAAAGCUGCCGUACUCAAAUAUGAGAACAACGUCAUGAACAUCCGACAGUUCAACUGCUCGCCUCAUCCCUACUGGCUGCCCAACUUCAUGGACGUCUUCACCUGGUCACUGCCCUUUGUUGGAGAGAAAGUCACAGAGAUGCUGGUGAAUGUGUUGAGUAUAUGCUCCGACGACGAGCUAAUGAACGAUGAAGAUGAGAUAUUCGACGCCAAUGCAGCAGCAGCACGCAAGGAGGUGAUCCGAAACAAGAUCCGCGCUAUCGGGAAAAUGGCCAAAAUGUUCUCAGUUCUCAGAGAGGAGAGUGAAAAUGUGUUGACGCUCAAGGGCCUAACGCCCACUGGCAUGCUGCCGAGCGGGGUUCUCUCUGGGGGCAAACAGACGCUGCAGAGUGCCACCAUUGAGGCCAUUGAAGCCAUCGAGACGCAUGAUGAGGACGUAGAAGCCAUCCGUGGCUUUUCCCCGCAGCAUAAGAUCACCAGUUUCGCGGAAGCCAAGGGUCUGGACCGCAUCAACGAGCGCAUGCCCCCUCGCAAGGACGGCGUCAACCACGUGGGUCACUCGAUGGGAAAGAUGAAUAUGUCCGAGGCGAACGGCACGGAUGACAACAGCAACAUCCAGUGAGCCUCGGUUGGUGGUAGUUGUGGUGGAGGUAGGAGGGGCAGCAGCAACUUUUGCGGGUGUUGCCCGUGCAGUGAGACAUUGCCAAAUCGGAAAUUCAGGCCUCAGAACAUAGAAACACAAACGGGCCCACAGCAGAUAGACAAAGGGUGAAAUCUGCAGCUAAUGUAAUAGGAGCCGAACGGUCAUUUGUUUGGUGACAGCAUGUCGUUGCACAGGUGGAGCAAGCUGGGGGCUGCGGUGUGCGUCAAAGUGGUGUCUGUUACCUCCCUCUGCUCUAUUACAGACUCUGUUCGACCUUGACGGAAGACAUAAUUGCAGUAUCCAUGCCAUGCUGAUUAUUUUACUCUUUUUAUAAAGUGCUUAUAACGAGCUACUCACAAACUCACAGCUCGAGGAUAUCAGUCUUGUUUUCAGAGUAUUAAAACAAUCUCACAACACCUUAGGAUGGGGGGGGGGAGCAAAAUAAAUGUGUUAGCAGUGUGGCAGCUUAGAGCGUUAUCUGGCAAGGAACCAUAUUUGGUUACUUCACACUGAAUUCGUCACUAUGAGGCAGUGGAACCAGCAUAUCAACAAUGAUAACUGAUAAUUAUUAAUCAUGAAGACUUUAUCAAUACUGUAUGCAGUGUGGGUUUAGUGCUUUUUCCAGCAAGGAACCCAAUUUGGUUACUUCCGAAUAGAAUUUUUCCAGCAAGGAACCCAAUUUGGUUACUUCCGAAUAGAUCCCCUCUCAAUGAGACUUGUACUAUGUAAAUGCUCCCAACAAUAAACUCAAACUCAAACUUAGUUGUAGCAUUUUACCCGGCAACCAAAUUUGGUUAUUUCAUACCACAGUCUAUUGAGCGAUGGAAUUACAGUCAAACCUGGAUUUUCGUUUGUAAUCUUUUCCAAAAGUCAGACCAAAAACUAAGCAGUUUUUCCCACAGGAAAUAAUGUAAAUCCAUCCAUCCAUCCAUUUUCUACCGCUUGUCCCUUACAGCCCAUCUCAGCUGCAUUUGGGCUGAAGGCGGGAUACACCCUGGACAAGUCGCCACCUCAUCGCAAAUCAUGUAAAUCCAAUUAAUUCAUUUCAGACACCCCAAAAAUGUUUUAAGAAUAAUUAUGGUAAAUGCAGAAAACCAUGUGAAAUUUUAAAAAAAAUGGAUAAAUUAACAUUUUACAUCACUUUUGAUGACUCCUGUUUUCGUGAAGCUGGCACCUCUGUACAUAAUAGUGUUUGUCACCUUUUUUAAUCAAAGACCUAGGACUCGCAACUUUCUUUGGCCGCGUCGCAGUCAAUAAAUAAAGCUGAGAUUCUGAUUGAGACAUCAAGCCGUGAGAUUACUUAUUUGGGCAAUUGAUUUCGCAGAAUGAUAGACUCGCUAAAUACCUCGCGCUAAACAGCGUGUGCAAUCUCUAAAACAGCGUGUACUAUUAGUGGGCGUGUUGCGUGGGAUUUAAUAAAACUGCGUUUGCAAUUGAAAAGUGGUGCAGACCGCCUUAUUUAAAUAAGCAUUUUGCGUGUACCAUACUAGGCAUCACCACAGAGACACUGUCAUUUACUGCACUUUUAGAAGCAGUCCUGCAAUGCAUCGACAACGACACCACUUUAUUUAUUUAUUUUUUACAGCUGAAGGUGUACUCAUUCAAGAGAGGCUGCACAUACUCCUCCUGUAGAAAUGAAAAAAAGAUACCUCCCUAAAGAAUUUUUUUUUAUAUAAAAAAUAUUUUAAUGAUAUUCUCUGUGAAAAAAACAGACGUCAUUAAAUAAAUAUUAUCAAAUGAGACCAAAAUGUAAUCAAUUGAAUUUGUUUUAAGCCCUUUAAGUCCUCUAGCAGCUAUAAAAUUAUAAAAUGAUGUUGCUGAAUAGACAAUAUGUCUAAUAUUUUUUAUUUCUGACUGUCCAAAAUGUUGACACUCACAUGAGGACAGAGGAUUAUUGUCGGUCCUUUUUCUGUCUUUGCAGCGUGAGCGCCGAUCCUUUCGCCAUGUGUGGAACCGUCAGUUUGCACGUCCUUCUGACCCGUGCUAAAUAAAAUGCAAACUAGUGCUCGCAAAACAGUGGUGAGUGUUGAUAAAUCACAUUGCGUGUGCUAAAUAAUUAUAUUUGCAUCCUCUCCACCCACUUUUAAUGAUCAGCAAAUAUUUUGCAUAUUAUUUAAGACAGAGAUGCAAAAUGGAUUGCACGCCUUAUUCUGCUAACAGACGCAAUCCACUUCGCACACUUUUAGUAGAUCAGCUUUGCGUGUGCUUUCAAACUUUUAGUAAAUCAGGCCUGAGAUUACUUAAAGAAGUGAACCAGAAAAGUGCAUCUAAAUGUUGCUACGUUUCUUUAGACUCUUGGCCAGUUUGUGGGUUUCAUCAGUCAGUGUGACUCCAAUCCAGUCAAGUGGCACGCCUCCCAAACAAUCUGCAUCCAACUGUAAAUCGGCUCUAAUCGUUCACUUCAAAGAGACGUUCAAAAAACCGGAUUUGUUUACGAACGGCACAUCUCUAUUCAUAACCCAAAUUAGGCACCGAUAGCCUUUUUUUGAUGCGGUUACCACUGGUUACAUUGGCAUGCGGUGCCAUUUUGCAAACGGGUUUCGAAGCCCAUCCCUUGGUCCGCGCAAUGUUUGCCCCAAAAACUGGGGCUAAAGUAUUGGCCAAACACCGAAUCGUACAAAAAGCGGGGUGUACGAAAACCGAGGUUUGACUGUAUGUGAAUUUGAAAACAAAUAACAAAUCAUAAUAUGAUGAAUAUUGUUUUGCAGUGUGGGUUUAGUCCUUAAUCUGGCAAGGAACCAAAUGUGCUUACUUCAAAAUGGACAUUCCCCCAUCCUCCCACCCCCAAAAGCAUAUACAUAAUGUCUGAACUAAUGCAUCUGGCAAUUUUGUCACCUCAAAAAUCUCAGAAAUCUUAUUAUUUACCUUAUAUUUUCACUAAAAGUCCCUGCAGUGUGAGAUUAAACCUCCACACGACUCGCCGCCAGUCAUCUCCUAGCUACUUGGAGGAGUUGAGGGUAGAAAGGGGGGGCGCUUGGACACUUAAUCUCCUCAACAUCCAUCUUAAUAAGAGAAUGUUUGAAAAAGCUUCCAUUUUAAUAUCAAAGCGACAUUAUUAUUUGUGCUCACGUUGGCAAAGCAUGACCUUCACCUCGCACAUCUUCACUUUCUGGGGGGGUAAAAAACAAUCCUCCUCCGCUGAAGAAGCUUCAGCGAUCACGCCCGUGUUGCUAUAGGACCGGAUCACAGAGGUGAGGAAAAGAAGAGAUUUUGGAAUUUUUGUAAUAAUAAUAAUAUAUCCUGCUUGUUCAGCACUGCCUGGUUUCUUACCUGCUUGUCUCUGAAGGGAAAGAAGAGAUGUGUGUCGUCACUCAGGUGUGCAUUAGCGCCCCCUUUUUUGUGUGUGUUUUUUUGCACAUUUCACAGAGAUUUUAUGUGUAAUAUCUACACAAAGAACAUGAGAACUAAAUAAAUUCAAAAAUAGACUUCGGCAUAGAUAUAGUGUCAUUUGGAAUAGGCAGCAACCCUGACAUGUAAUUUUAAUUAUUUAAAAAUCAUCAAAAAAAAACAACAAUUUUUUAAAGACGAAUCUCACCAUGCAACGUCAAGGUGAGCGUUCACACUGUGAUCCAAAUAAAACAGCAACUGUAAAGAUUUUCUUACAACUUGAACUGGAACAAAAAGAACCACUCUGCUUGUUUUUUUUUUAAAGUAGAUUUUGGAACUUGGAGACCCUAACUUGAAAGGAAACCCUCAAUGAUCAGACCGAAUUGAUAAAAGACACUAUCAGAUUUGUAAAUGUGAUAUUUACAUCCAUUUUUUUAAGUACUGUCUUUGUUAUUUAUUUAAAGAAAUAUCACGACUCAUUAAAGGGGCUAUUUACAACCUUUCCACAGAUGCCUAGAGGGCCCUAACUUUUCAAAGUACAGUAGUACCUCAACUUAGACGCUUAAUUGGUUAUGUGACAGAGCUCUUAACUCAAAACACUUGUAUCUCAAAUCAGUGUCUUGAUUGAAAUGAAUUUAAAUAAUUUUAAUUGGUGCUGGGCCAUCCCUAAAACAGCACAAUUUAAAAUGUAACCUAAAAAAAAGGUUGUACAAAUAUUGUACAAAAACAAUACAAUAGAAUGUACUACAAACAAAUAGAGUAGUUUUAUGAAGCAAAGUAUUGAUAAUGUACAGUAUUUACCUUGGAGAGUGGACGUUUACGGUAUCUCCUUCCAGCUCUGUCAAACACACCAUCAGCAGCUUUUCCCUAUUUUUAUGGAUACAUUUCCGCCAUUUAGAUAUUGUUUUAACAUUCUUGGUUGGCCUUAGACUCAUUCUGCUUCAGUAUGGUGCAAACUAGCAGUUCUGCGCGGGAUUAAAAUUACACAAUGAAAAGCAUUUCAGAAUGCAAGUGCAAUAUACAUACACAAAGUGCUAGUUAUAAAUAAGUGUGCAAUGUGGUCAAGUUACAGUAUUUUAGCAGCAUCAUUUAAAGUGCAGAAGUAUAUAAAGCGCAACAACGUAAUCGUAACAACAUGACUGCAAAUUGUUAGUUGCUUCUAUGGCACUGGUUUUGUGUGUGUAUGAACAUGUGUGGGCUAGAAUUCUGCGAGUGUCAGCCUCAAUGCCAGAAUAUAAUUCGUCUGGCCGACGAGCAAUUUGUAUUUACAAAAAUUAGUACACUAAUUGCGAAAAAUAUAUGGUCAUGGUGUAAAUUAAUUUUGAACGUGCAAACAGUUUCACAUAUAUACAGUUUCUCAUUUCAGCAUGUCCGAAAAGGGGUAGGAAGAAGCAGAGCUUAUUUGUUCCUAUUGACAAUUUUAAAACGUAAAUAUGUUCUGUUAGACCACUAAAGGUAACAUAGGAUAGUCGGUUGUGUUGCUCUUAUAAUUUUUGGUUUGAAAAUUGUUACUUUCAGCAAACUGCCAAAUGACAAAAUCAGUGAGAAACGCAGCUUCAUAGAGAUUUUUGGUUCCCAGGGUGGUGAUAUUUCUGAAAAAACACAUUGAAAAAACUAAAGUAAAUGUAAUGAUUUUAAUAUCACAUUUGCUGGUUUUCCAUUGUACCGUCUGAACACUGAGGGUUCCCUUCAAGAAAAGGAAAAGUUCUGGAUUUUUAUAUUUCUUUCCACUCCAUCUUUCUAGAGAAGAAUAAAGGUACAGUAUGUGACUUCAAAGACGGACAAAACAGUGAUUUUUAAACACAGCAUCUAUGGUAUGGAACGCAUCAAUGCAUGCAGUUAAGCUCCUAAUUGUAAUGUGAGAUUAUAAUUGUGAUACUGUAGUUGUGUUUUUCGAAUAGUAAACUUGAAUUAUUUUACGAUUACAUUCAAUUUGUUGUUUCAUUUGUCUUGUUUUUAUAACAUUUUAUAAAUAGGCUUCCUUUUUGAGUUACUGUCCAUUUUUCAUUUGUGUUAUUUAUUGCCACUGCUUUUAAUUUUCUACUGAUUCGUUGUAUGCAGGGAUGCCCUUCAAAGUGUUUAUUGUUCUGUUGUACUAUUGUACAGGAACUGUUUAAUAGUGUGAAUGAAUAUAAUCUCAGUGAAAAGCUACUUUCAGGCUGCCAAAGCAUGAUAGCAUGGUUUUCAGAUGUAAAUGAAUUGGACACCAAAAGAAUCAUGUGUCACACUUGCGUUUCAACAAAGAAACAUUGUACUGGUUCUAUUUACUGCUGAUAUUACUAUUAUUGUUACAAGUUAAGCUUUAUGGUUAUUUUCCUUUCCUCUUGUUCUGGUUCUUGUAUGGACUACAUGCAUAUUUCGACAAACAAAUAUAAUGGAUUUGAUCUUGCAACAUAUUUUAUUUUAAUAUCUCUGCAAAUAUGUUUUAUUUUGCUGUUUCUUGUUUUGUUUUGUUUUUUGCAUUCAAAUUCCUAAAUGAUACACACAUUGUAAGCAUGCCCUAUGGGACAAAUCUCAUUUUUUACUCUUGAAUAAAAUAUGCAUGAACAAAA